AUGUCAGUCGCCCCUCCUCCUCCCUGGUCCCCUUCCCAGUUGCCCAUCCAUCAGUCUGUUCGUCCACCUGGCCCACCUGAAGCCCCGCCUCCUCCGCCCUCUUCUUCCGUACGGCUUGGUCCCACCCCUGCCCCGUUCGCGUCAAGGAGGAGGCGGUGCUCAGUCCGGUCAGCGCGCCUAGUUCCCGCGGCUCGUAGGGGGCGGGGCCUCGGGCGGGCUCUAGGGUCUGGGCCCGACGCACCGCCGCCGUCCCGGCGUGCCCCGCGUUGGCCAGCGAGAAGCUAUUCGGUGACUCACCACCCGCCCUCUCGCGCUCUCCUUCCCCCUUCCCUCCCUCUCGCACUCUCACACACCCGGCCCGAGAUGGCGGCGGCAGCGGGGGACUCGGACUCCUGGGACGCGGACACGUUCUCGGUGGAGGAGCCGGUGCGGAAGGCGGGGGGCGCGGCCGGCGGGGACCGCUGGGAGGGCGAGGAUGAGGAUGACGACGUCAAGGAAAACUGGGAUGACGAUGAUGAAGAAAAAAAAGAGGAGACAGAGGUAAAACCAGAAACAAAAGUUUCAGAAAAAAAGAAAAUAGCAGAGAAAAUCAAAGAGAAAGAACGGCAACAGAAGAAGAGACAAGAAGAAAUUAAGAAAAGGUUGGAAGAACCCGAAGAAUCAAAAGAGCUUACACCAGAAGAACAAUUAGCAGAUAAACUACGGCUAAAGAAAUUACAGGAAGAGGCAGAUCUUGAAUUAGCAAAAGAAACCUUUGGUGUUAAUAACACAGUCUGUGGUAUAGAUGCUAUGAACCCCUCUUCAAGAGAUGACUUCACAGAGUUUGGCAAGUUACUAAAAGAUAAAAUUACACAGUAUGAAAAAUCUCUAUAUUAUGCCAGUUUCUUGGAAGCAUUAGUUCGAGAUGUGUGCAUUUCGUUGGAAAUUGAUGACUUGAAAAAGAUUACCAAUUCAUUGACAGUGCUAUGCAGUGAAAAGCAGAAACAAGAAAAGCAAAGCAAAGCCAAAAAGAAGAAGAAAGGUGUGGUUCCUGGAGGGGGAUUAAAGGCUACAAUGAAAGAUGAUCUUGCAGACUAUGGUGGAUAUGAUGGAGGAUAUGUGCAAGACUUUGAAGACUUCAUGUGACAUUUCAUCUUCUCCCCAUUGUCUUCUUCUGUUGCCCACAGUCCCUUCAACAUGUAGCACACAACUUCCUUUCCUUUCAGUUCUGCCAAAUGCUACAAUCAGAAGUGCAGUAUCUUUGUGCUGGUUACUUAACCCCUUGACACUUAGGUGCUAAUGCAAUGGGGAACUCAGUUCUUGUUGCCAAGGGGUUAAAAUCGGGAAACUUGGUUGCUACUAAAUCACAGUAAAAGAAAUCCUAAUAA